AUAUUGUUCGAGUUGUCUCACCGAAGCGUUUAUCUUUCCUCAAUGCCGGGACAGAGUUCACACAUAUAGUAAUAAUGGACCUCUGUCACGGCUCGGGAAACGCAAAAUGGCAGGUGUGAGCCACAUGAAUGAAAUUGCAAAUUUGCCCCAUGCCUUGCGUAUGAUGGAUGCGAGGAACAAUGCGAGGCCCAUUCGAGAAAUAUUGUGUGGGACGUUUCGUUUUGAUGUUGCGUGGAGUCGCAAGAGUGAUCCCUUGGUUGGGAGAGCAACUCGCCGGUUUGGUCGCUGCUGCCAUUGCGAUCAUAGUGGGAAAUCAUUGGUGUAUAUAUUUUCCGAUAACGUCUUCGAAAAUUUGCUAUGCGAAUCAACUCAAAGUUAGAUAUGGAAAAAAUGCUUAUAAUCUGCUUGGAAAUGGAGGGGAUAGCGGUGCGAGGGAGUCAUCUCUUCUUCCGCUACUAGCACCAUACUCACAUCUGCUACGGACAUUAUAACGUUAGAUCUUCUUUCUCCCUUGUCUCCAUUUCAUCCAACUUUGCUUUCCUCUCUUCACUGCCCCUGGAUUCUCAGCGUACAAGUAACAUCUGGAACAGAUGACGCCUCACGGCUCGCACCUCCUUAACCCCAGCAUAGACUGCGAUCG